GUUCUUAACGAUUUGUUGAUCCUGUGGACUUGCCGUAGUAGAACAGGAAGUCCCCAGCUACCAGAUAAUUACUCACUGAGCUCCUCCCUGUAGCUAGUCACAAAAGCCACACGUUUUCAUAGUGUAGAAACGUGUUUAGUAUUUGUUCGUUAAUUUAGUUGUAGGUAUAAUAAGCUAUACAGCUAGAAACAGUUGAUAGAUUUCUCCGUUAUUUUGUAACCGCGUGAUACUAGCUACAGCAAGGGUUUGUCAGACUACCGGUGCUUUGCCUUUGUAACUUGCUGACGUUACUGGAGACAGCUAUCUAGCCAACUAUCCAUACAUUCCUUGCCGUGUUUACUAUUGGUAGAACGUGUAGGCUCUUUCUGGAGGGGAAAUGAUGAAUUACUCAGAUUAUGAUUCCGAUGGCUAUUCUUCAAAUGCAGAUCAAGACUAUGUCCCAUCUGAUGACAACCUUAGUGAAGAUGACAUGAAUGAAUGUGUGAAAGAGGAUGGUCUGGAAGGGGGUGACCAGCAUGGCCAACAGUCUGAUAAUGUCACCAAGAAGAAAAAGAAGAAAGGCCAACACAUUGGCAUGAGGAAAAGAAAGAAAGGUGGACUGAAGUUAGAGGAGACACUGCAUGAUGGCAGUGUGGAGGAUCAAAAAGUAGAGCAGGGGGAGGAGAGAGAGUUUUCUACUCCCAGGCCCAAGAAGGAGGAGGAUGAAGAGAAAAAAAGAAGAAGGCAGAUGAUUUGUGGGCCAGUUUUCGCUACUACUAAACAGCAGGCUGCACCCACAGACAGUCCGAAGAAGCCCAUUUCGGCUCCAUCAGAACCUCAACUACCAGAGCCUAAAGAGCCCUCUAAAGUCACCAUCACUAAGGUGUUUGACUUUGCUGGGGAAGAGGUCCGGGUAUCGAAAGAGGUUGGUGCUGACUCCAAGGAGGCCAAGAGCUUUCUGAAGGCCAAGGAGGAGACACCAUAUGUACAGACUGUACCCAGAAGAUUUGAGCCCCCCUCCCUUGCCCCUGGACCGAGUGUGAAGAGGCCUUUAGGGAUGGGUAGCAUCCUGAACUGCCUCGGGGGGAAGAAACAGAAGAUGAGCACGUUAGAGAAGUCUAAGAUGGACUGGAAUGCCUUCAAAGACGAGGAAGGCAUCGGGGACGAGCUGGCCAUCCACAACCGCGGCAAAGAGGGGUAUGUGGAAAGAAAGAAUUUUCUGGAGAGAGUUGACCACCGGCAGUUUGAGCAGGAAAAGAAAGUGCGUCUCGGCAACAUCAUGAAACGAUGACAAGGAAUAAUGUUACAGUUACACUUACAUUUGUGACACACACCAACUGUACAUGCCUGCCCAGUUCCUCCCAAGGUUUCUCAGCCCAAUACUUAGCCACCGGACUGUCCAUGUCUCUGGAUGGCCUACUGACUGUUCCUGCUGCCGGCUGCUCCUUGACCUAUCAGACCUCACAUACCCAGUUUACACUCAGCACUCUCAUUAAACCGCCAUCUGUUCCUGGACCUGUGUGUGACCUGAGUCACCUGGACUCAGACCCCUGACUGUCUGCCUCAGUGGCUUGCUCCCUCUUCCUGAUUUAGAGGUGUGGUUGCACUGCUAACUUGCUUGCCUCAGCACAUGGCUGUGUGGCCGAGUGUUUCUGUACAUUUGCCAUAAUCAAAAAAAAAGGGAAACCACUCCAGGAGUGAGAAUGAGUAGCACACCCUGAACUCUGAAUCAGACUUUAUGACAUUGACUUGGAAGAAUCCACACAGCUCAGAUAUUUGUGCCAUCCCUCUCCACCUGCAGUGAUUCAGUUUGGUGCACUGUUCAUUGGAAGAGUUCAAGUUGAUUGCAUUUCACCUCCUUGUUGUGCACACUGUGAUUCUCUGGAGUUGUUCCAACUAAUCUGAAGAUAAAAAAUGGUCUCACUAUUAUGUACCUUAUUUAUACCAACAACAAUCAGAAAUUCUGACAUGAUAAAAUAUUUAUCAACAGGUCAGCUUAGCUGCUUGUUAAACCUGAGCUAAGAGGGGAAAGGAUUGCUAAACGUUCCUCAACUGUUUUCUCAACGUAAUGGCACAGCUCCUAUUACAAUGUAAUUGUAUGGCUGUUCAAUAGUAGGCACUCACUCUCACACACAGACAGACAGGUGAAUUCAGGGACUUUAGUUUUAGUUCCUGGUUGUUAAAUGAAUGUGUCUGAAUUCAAGUGUGUCUGAAUAAUCACAGGUGAAUUUGAACUUGUUUUGUGUUGUCAUCCUGUUGCUGUACUUUGUAACAUGGAAUAAAGCUUGUCAUUUGGUUUGAA